GCGAUGGCGCCGCCGUGGCUGCGCGCGCUGCGGGCCGCGCUCCGCGUCUACGUCGUGGGCGUCGCCGUGAUGAUGACGCAGCUGCUGCGCCGCCUGCGGGGCGACUUCCGGCCGCCGGAGCUGCCGCCCCAGCCGGGCCGCGUGGCCGUCGUCACCGGAGGCGCCGAGGGCAUCGGGCUCAGCACCGCGCGGCGUCUGGCGCGGCUCGGGAUGCGCGUGGUCGUGGCCGGAAACGACGAGCGAAAGGGACGCGAGGCCGUGAGCAGCAUCCGGGCGGAGUCGGGGAGCGACAGCGCCGACUUCCUGUUCCUGGACCUGGCGUCGCUGGCGUCCGUCCGCCGCUUCGUGCGCGAGUUCCGGGCCUCGGGGCGGCCGCUGCACCUGCUCGUCAACAACGCCGGCAUCAUGAUGGAGCCGCGGGGUGAGACCGACGACGGCUUCGAGCGCCACGUGGGCGUGAACUUCCUGGGCCACUUCCUGCUGACGCUGCUGCUGCUGCCGUCGCUGCGCGUGGGCGGGGCCGGGGGGCGGAGCUCGCGCGUCGUCACCGUGGGCUCCGCCACCCACCGCGUGGGCGAGAUCGACAUGGCCGACCUGCACGGGCGCUCCGCCUACUCCGCGCACGCGGCCUACGCGGGCAGCAAACUCGCGCUCGCGCUGUUCUCGCUGCGGCUGCAGCGGCUCCUGGACGCCCGGGGCGACCGCGUCACCGCCAACAUGGCCGACCCCGGGGUCGUCGACACCGCCCUCUACCGCCACCUGUGGGUCGGCGCCCGGGCCGUGCAGCGCGGCCUCGGGUGGCUGCUGUUCAAGACCCCGGACGAGGGCUCCUGGACCCCGGUCUACGCGGCGGCGGCGCCGGAGCUGGAAGGGGUCGGAGGUCGCUACCUGUACAACGAGGCGGAGGCGGAGCCUGCGGCGGCCGCGCGGGACCCGGAGCUGCAGCGGCGCCUGUGGGCCGAGGCCUGCAGGCUGACGGGCGUCGCCGACGAGACCGCGGGGCUGUGACCCGGGGCGGGGUCAGCACGGCCAUCCCCCUGCCUCGGCGCCGGGGCCUCGGCGUCUGCGUGACGUCACCCGGUGGGCGGGGCCGCGAGGAAUAAACGCGUCCAUCCCCCUGC